GCCAAUGAGACUACUCAAAUAUAUAGCUUGAAAAUUUCAUCCAAGAUAAUCUACGAUAAUAGCUGUUAAAAAAAGAAAGGCGAACGAGAGAAACGAGGACAAUGGAAGCGAAUGAGUUUAGAAAACAUGGGAAAGAAAUGGUAGAUUACAUUGCAGACUACCUAGAGAAAGUGCACAUGCGCAGAGUCACACCGGAAGUCCACCCCGGGUACAUGCGUGAUCUGGUACCUUCUAAGGCACCUAAAAAGGGUGAAGAAUGGUCCGACAUUAUGGCUGAUGUUGACAAUGUCGUUAUGCCAGGGAUUACUCAUUGGCAGCACCCAAACUUCCACGCUUACUUCCCAGCCGGGAAUUCGUUUCCAUCGAUUUUAGCAGAUAUGUUGUCUGACGCUAUCGGCUGUGUUGGGUUUUCUUGGGCGGCCAGCCCCGCCUGUACCGAACUUGAAACAAUAGUUCUGGAUUGGCUUGGUAAAAUGAUUGGAUUGCCGAGUGUUUUUCUUCACGAAAACGGAGUCGGCGGAGGCGUUAUACAGGGUUCGGCCAGUGAGUGCAUCUUGGUCACCCUCCUGGCCGCCCGCCACAACGCCAUCAAACAGAUGCAGGACGUCCAUCCCUUUGUGGAGGACGGUAUGCUGCAAGCUAAGUUAGUGGCCUAUUGUUCUACCCUGGCUCAUUCUUGUGUCGAGAAGGCUGGAAUGAUAGGCUGCGUAAAGAUGCGCCACCUACCAACUGACGAGAAUUUUUCACUGCGGGGUCAAACUCUGGUCAAGGCCAUUGAGGAGGACCGGAAGCUGGGGCUGAUUCCAUUUUACGUCUGUGCCACCCUCGGAACAACGGCCGUUUGUUCAUUUGACAACAUUAAGGAGCUCGGGGCAGCGUGUGAGCGGGAGGGGGUGUGGCUGCACAUAGAUGCCGCUUACGCUGGAAGUGCCUUGAUUUGUCCCGAAUUCCAGCAUCUUAUCAAAGGAAUUGAGCACGCUCACUCUUUCAACUUCAACCCCAACAAGUGGCUUCUGGUAAACUUCGAUUGCUCGACUAUGUGGGUACGUAACAGAGACGCCCUGACGAACGCCCUGACUGUGGACCCAGUCUAUCUGCGACACCAUCACUCAGGACAGGCAAUAGACUUCAGGCACUGGGGUAUCCCUCUAAGCCGUCGUUUCCGGGCACUGAAACUGUGGUUUGUCAUAAGGACAUAUGGGGUGGAUGGUCUACAGAAGUACAUACGAGAGCAUGUUCAGCUGGCCAAGCAUUUUGAGGGCUUGGUGCGCGCCGACUCCAGAUUUGAAAUCCUUGGCCAGGUGACCAUGGGGUUGGUCUGUUUCCGACUUAAGGGUCCAAACAAAAUGACCCAGAAUUUGUUGCGUAACAUCAACCAUUCCGGAAAGCUGCACAUGGUUCCCGCUAAGAUUCAUGAGAAGUACGUCAUCAGAUUUGCAGUCUGCGCACAGCACGCUAUUGAUGACGACAUUGAACAUGCGUGGCACGUCAUCACAGAUUUCGCCAACGACAUCCUUGAAAACUGCGACGGCAACAAGGGGCAGGAAGAGACAGAAAAUGAGGAAAAUGAAAGCGAUGAUAACGGCGAUUUGAUUGGAAGCAGUUCGGAAGAUGAUGAGGUGUUUUACGAGCACCCUGUCCCUCUGGUCUACCCGGACAAGAGCGACCUGACGGCACAAGUGAGGCGCAACCUUCUGCUGAAGAUGGUCUCCGACCCGAAGUGUUACAACGUCAGCGUUCGGGCCGCGUUGAGCAUUGCAGAAAGACGUCACAAAAGUGAUUCGGCUGCGAAGCAUGGGGCGGGAGCGAGGUUUAAGCUUCGCCUUCCCUGAGAGUCAAGUCGACUGCCUGCCAGACGAGGAAUACAUGUGGCUAUCAUUACCGUCGAAGAUAAUUUACUUAUCGAAAAGUUAAAUGUUUUAUCAAAAAUACAGGACAGCGUUUUCGUUUUGCUUAUGAAUAUUGUUAGAAAUUUACGACUUCUAUAUGAAUACAACAGCCGUGGAUACGUAAUUGCUCAUCCUGGAAAUCCCACGGAAAGCUGUUAUAUCUGCACGACAGUGUGGAAUUAACUUGUAAUUUAUGGUGCAUGCUUCACCCACAAAACAAGGGUUAGAAAACAGCAGUCAAAGUAUAUAAGUGUAUGUGUAGGUUGAGAUGGAGUUAGACAGCUCAAUUGGAAGAUAUAUAUAUUAUAUCAGAAUACUUCUCCACAUUUUAACCGGUGAAGGGAAAAAUAUAGAGAUCAGUGCUU